GGGUCAACUGAAUCUGAGUCAGUAAUACCUGAGUCUCUGAAGCAGCAAGUUGCAAUGCGGGUCUACUUUGUUGUACUCGCUUUACCUUAUUUAUUUUCAACCACCCUUACAGCUUCUGUGAAGCCGGAAGAAUGCGGCAGAGUGAACGAGGUUCAGUUAGGUAAUGGAGAGCUUCGUACCGAAUUCAAUGAGCAUCCGUGGAUUGGAAAAAUAGAGGAUGAUAACCGAAGACUCCUAUGUGUGGCAGUCCUCAUAGAUGCCCGCCAUGCCUUAACUGCUGCCCAUUGUGUCCAUAACCCCAGUGUGGAAAUCAAGAACUUGGUUUUCGGUGAUUGGGAGUCGGGCAACAACAGCGCUGCCAUAACUGCAGAAGCAACGCAAAACGUUCCGGUCAAAAGAAUAAAAAUGCAUCCGGACUACAAGCUUGGAGAGUCUGACAACGAUUUGGCCAUCAUAGAGCUUAUGGAAAAUGUGGUCAACACCGAGUUCGUGCAACCAAUUUGCCUGCCUUCUGCUGACGAAAAGAAAGGGGACAAAGCUAGCGGCGAUCUUGUAUUAGCUGGCUAUGAGAGACCUUAUUUGGAAGGUCGAACUGUCCCUCUGGAAACCAGAAGAAUUAAAAUUCCAUUUGAAGCUACCAGCAGCCAAGAGUGUCACAAGAAGAUUGAAAUAUUUCCAGCAGAACUGAUUUGCGGCUACUCCAGUCGUUCGCCUCUUUCCGGAUCUGCUUUGGUGGAAGCUGUCGGGAAUCCCAAGAAAUUCCAUCUAAUUGGCAUCGUAGUGGCUGGUGUUCGUUCCCACUCUGAGAAAAAGGUUCUUCAGGGUCAUAUAAACAUACCAUCCCGGUUGGAUUGGAUUCAGAGGAAUAUCAGUUAAUGAUAUUAAAUGAAAUAUUAUAAUACUCAUUAAAUAAAUGAGGAUUGCUUUUAGUAUCCUUUUACAAGUUUA